CGAAGCUUCAGGACUGUAAGUGCAGCGAAUCCUCCUCGGGCAGAGAAAGCCAGGGCUCUGUGCUGGGGGUGGAAGCCAUUGCUGCAGCUUUGGGGAAGGAAGGAGAUCGCUCGCAGAGAAGAGGCUUUGGGCUGCCUGCGUGUGGCACAAGGGAUUGCUGCAAAGAGAGAAGCUUCACGCUGUGCUCUCCAGAGGUGCCUCUGGGGCAUGUGACAUCCACACAAGGCACCGGAGCGGGAGGAGAGGAAGCCUGCUUCGAAGCACUCAUCCCCAUCCCUAAAAGAAGAGAUCAGCUCAGCCCCUUAGCCAGCAUGUCUGCAAAGGAGAGGCAAAAAGGCAAAGUGACCAAGGACAGCGUCACUCUAUUGCCCUGCUUUUAUUUUGUGGAGUUGCCCAUACUAGCAUCUUCUGUUGUUAGUCUCUAUUUUCUUGAACUUACUGAUGUCUUCAAGCCAGUUCACUCUGGAUUCAGCUGCUAUGACAGGAGUCUGAGUAUGCCAUACAUUGAACCUACACAAGAGGCUGUUCCCUUCCUGAUGUUGCUUAGUUUGACUUUUGCUGGACCUGCAAUCACGAUAAUGGUAGGAGAAGGAAUUCUCUACUGUUGCCUGUCUAAAAGAAGAAAUGGGAUUGGAGCCGAGGCCAAUAUUAAUGCGGGAGGCUGCAACUUCAACUCUUUCCUUAGAAGAGCUGUCAGAUUCGUUGGUGUUCAUGUCUUUGGCCUUUGUUCUACUGCUCUCAUUACUGACAUCAUACAGCUGUCAACAGGGUAUCAGACACCAUAUUUCCUGACUGUAUGCAAACCUAACUACACAUCCCUAAAUGUAUCCUGCUCAGAAAAUUCUUAUAUCGUGGAAGACAUUUGUUCAGGAUCUGAUCCUAUAAUCAUCAAUGGUGGAAGAAAAUCAUUCCCUUCUCAACAUGCUACUCUGGCAGCCUUUGCAGCUGUAUAUAUUUCGAUGUACUUCAAUUCCACUUUAACCGACUCCUCCAAACUUCUGAAACCUCUUCUCGUCUUUGCAUUUAUCAUCUGUGGAAUUAUAUGUGGCCUGACUCGAAUCACCCAGUACAAGAGCCAUCCAGUUGAUGUCUAUUGUGGUUUUCUAAUAGGAGGAGGAAUUGCUCUCUAUUUGGGUCUGUACGCUGUGGGGAACUUCCUACCAAGUGAAGAGAAUGUAUUUCACCAGAAUCUGCAAAGAGACCCAUUAAGAUCUCUGACAGACCUUAGUCAAGAUGCCAACAGAAUUUUACCAGGUAAAAAUGGUGGCAAUAGUGACGGGCGUUCCUCUCACCAUUCUGAGAGUAUUCUGAAUCGAAACCAUAGAGAUUCUGGAUCCCUGACUAACAUCAAGAGAGCAAAUGCUGAUGUAGAGAUUAUAACUCCACGAAGCCCCAUGGGAAAGGAAAACAUGGUUACUUUCAGCAACACAUUGCCAAGAGUCAACACGCCAUCACUGGAAGAUCCAGCUAGACGAAAUGCAACAAUUCAUGCAUCAAUGGAUUCUGCCCGUUCCAAGCAACUUCUUUCUCAAUGGAAGAACAAGAGUGAAAGUCGAAAAUUGUCUUUGCAAGUAAUAGAGACUGAAACCGGCCAUUCGCCACCAAGGGCUAUUGAAAUGAGAUCAAGCUCUGAGCCAUCCAGAGUGGGUGUUAAUGGUGAUCAUCAUGGCCCCAGCAAUCAGUACCUGAAAAUUCAGCCUGGCAGCAUUCCGGGUUGUAAUAACGCUAGUCUUUCUGGUGGGCCAAGAGUUUCUAUUCAGUCACGUCCUGGUUCUUCACAGCUAGUCCAUAUUCCUGAAGAGACCCAGGAAAAUAUAAACACAUCUCCCAAAAGUAGUUCGGCUAGGGCCAAAUGGCUGAAAGCUGCAGAGAAAAGCGUUGUAUGUAGAAGCAACAGUCAGCCAAGAAUCAUGCAAGUAAUAGCCAUGUCAAAGCAGCAAGGAGUGCUUCAGAGCAGUCCUAAGAAUUCAGAGAGCAGCACAGUCACCUGUACUGGAGCUAUCCGAUAUAAAACCUUGACAGAUCAUGAACCCAGUGGUAUUGUAAGAGUUGAGGCCCAUCCAGAAAAUAACAGACCCAUAAUUCAGGUGCCAUCAGAAGGUGAAGGGAGUGGAUCUUGGAAAUGGAAAGCUCCCGAGAAAGGUAGCCUUCGUCAAAUUUAUGAGCUAAAUGAUCUCAAUAGAGACUCCGAGAGCUGUGAAUCCUUGAAAGACAGUUAUGGGUCUGGUGACAGGAAAAGAAGUAACAUAGAUAACAGUGAGCAUCACCAUCAUGGGAUUACCACUAUAAGAGUCACACCAGUGGAGGGAAGUGAGAUUGGCUCAGAAACUCUGUCCAUCUCUUCGAGCCGUGACUCCACACUUCGAAGAAAAGGUAACAUUAUUUUAAUCCCUGAAAGAGGGAGCAGCCCAGAGAACACCAGAAACAUCUUCUAUAAAGGAACAUCCCCCACAAGAGCUUACAAAGAAUGAAAGGAGAAAUGUCACCUGAUCCAUAUUACCAAGAAUUAACACAUUUUGAUAAAGCUUGGGCUCUAUUUCUUUUUGAGCGGAUUCAGAAAUAUUCUUGAUGUGCCAAAUUUACUGACCAUCAGCCUGACUAUUGUUGGACAUUGCUGAUGUAUGGUGUGCAUGAGCUUGUGGGUUUCAUGCGAUUGGGGGUGGGGUGGGGGAAGCACAAUGCAAGAACCUAAUGUGAAGAGUUUUCUUACAACUUGUUUCACCAGACUAAAAACAUUUCUCUGAGGGUGACGAUAUCAAUCAAAAUGAUGGUCUUGAACACAGACACUUUAUUUCCUGAAUGUGCCAACUUUUUUAUUUUAUUUAUAUUUAUGUCUGAGGACAAAUGAAUUUUUCACAGCAAAGGCUGUAUCAGUGUUGUAUAUUCACCUUUGCAGAUUUUGCACCAAAACUUUAAUACAGGAUGGUGCUGAUUAUAACUUUACAUAUUUUGAAAAUUUACAUACCCGUUAAAUUCAGACACAUGACAUAUUGAUGUGCAGUUACUUUAAAAGUAAUAUUGCUAAUACUAUGACGAUGCUGGCUGCAUUCAUGUAGAAUAGGAAAUAUUUACAGCUUUGUUAUAGUGGAUUUGUCACAUUAAAAGAUUGCAAAGA